CAAACAUAAAAAAGCCACGGAGGGCAGAGGUUCAUUUCUGUCCAAACCAUCCGAGAGGUGAAACCAAUGACAGCCUGGAGGUGGAAAGGGUUGCUCUAUUGACCAAGGUUAAAAAAAAUAAUAACGAGACCGUUAUCAAGGAAAAGAUGCAGCGUACCUUCUCAUACCAACGACAAUAAAUUCUUCAGGAGCCAAUGAUUACAGAGGUCCGAAACAGAUGGCCAGCAUUGUUUGAAAUUGGAGAAGUCAACUUGGAGUUCAUGCGUAUAACAACUGUUCCGCUGAUAUCAAAAUUCAUUGGUCAACUGGACAAAUACACUGAUGGCCUGAUGAAGGUGUUCCAUCACAAAGGAGGAUGUGCAGGACAGAAAAUCCACACCAUAAUGGCAUUGACAGCUAAAAAUGAAGACAAAAACACCAGGCGUGAUUGUAUCCUGAGGUGCCUAAGCGUCUACCUCAAUGAAGACAUCAAGACACUUGUCAAAGAAUAUGUGGACUCUGAAAGUGUGGAGGCUGAGUCUAUCAUUGCACAGACAACAAUGGGCAUCUAUGUCAUUCGAGCGGAGGGUGCUGGCCCUGAAGAAGAACCUUCAGAUGUUGGUGUUGUUCUAGAAGGAGUUGAAGUUCUGCAAAACCUGCCAAGUGUCACACUUGGAUGUGUGAUGCUUUUUGGACUAAUUGAUGCCCUUAACCUAAACUAUCCAAAAGACCUCAAGUGCACAUUUGAAGCAUUUCAGAAAAUCCUGAUGGAACUGGAUACAACCAAGCUGUCGCCAAAAGUUCAGGGACUGAAAAUUAAGAUGCUUCAGUGAAUCAUUGAGAGAUGUGCUGAUAUUUACAUUUUUCCCCUUGACUUGCACUUUUUCUACUCGUGAGAACCACCACCCUAUUUUUCCAAAUUAUUGCAUUUCACAGAUUUGUGAAAAUGUUUGUGUAAUGUUAACAAGUGUUGUCAUUGAAUCAGAUUUGACCUGAUUGUUACAUCUACCUCAAGUUUUGCAGUUUUUUUUAAGCACAGUUCUUGAGGAAAAAGUACUGUGCCUGGAGUCUGUUGAAAUCCUUUGCAUUUAUUUGUUAUAGGAUGGUUGUGGCAAAAAAACAAAUAAAUAAAGUAGUGCAAUUAACCUUGGUUUGUUAAGUAAAGAAUGAAAUUACAUUAAUUUUUGUUGAGGUUGUACACAACACAGUACAAGUGAGCAGAGACCGUCUUGCUAGCUCCUCUUUUUGCUGCCUUUUGUGCUUGUUAUUUCUAAAAUAAAAAUGUGAAAUGAAGUGA